CGGCGGGAAGGGGGGGGGGGGGAAGGGAGGGAGGAAGGGAUGGGCUGCUUCUUCGCUUGCUUCCGCGUGAAGGAGGACGACGGCGAUCGCGCUCGGCUCCCUCGCUCCAUUCGCUACCAGAAACCCCGCGAAGCUGUCGUUUCUCGGAACCCCUUAGCGGCUCUAUUUCUGUCUGAUGGUAAUGAGGAUUCUCCUUGCAAGGACAGUGAAAGUCUUUUUAUGGAUCUCCACUCAUCAGCAAGGAGCUCAGGGACGAGGGUAAGUUCCUUAAAGCAUGUGGAACGUUACAGGAAACCCCAAUUGAAAUUCGGAAAGCAUCUAGCCGGCCAAUGGCUUCACCAAACAAGGGAAGAGAUUCUGAAAAUUCAAAAUUUCACUCGUGGCUUCCAGUAUCAUCCAUUGAGAGGCUUCAGCUAGAGCCAAAUAAACAACAUGAGUUGUCCCCAAGACCUCUAAAACUUUCUGACAAGUGGGGAAAAGGUUCAAAUUCUGAUGAGCAUACAGCUAGCAGCUGUAUAUUAGAUGAGCAGAACGUGGGAACUUCUUCCAUUAGCUCCAGUGAGGGCAGUUGGGCAUUCAACGUCAAAACAACUGGCGAGCAUCAUAAGAGACAGAAUGAUACUAUCGCAACUGCACUUUCACCCUCCAAAUCCACUGUGAAUGCUAAGUGUAGGAACAGGUCGGUGCGUUUUGAAUGUGAUGUUGAUGGGUCUUUGUCCAGAGAUUCAACAUCUGAAAUUGCAAGCCGGAGUUUUGAAGAAUCUGAAUCACCUAAUGUUCAGAAUAACUCAAAUGCUGGGCCUCAUCCAACACCAAUGAGGCUAACAGAGGAAAUGCAGACUCCUGGAACCGUUUUUCCUGCAUACAUGGAGAAAUUAUCGCCUCAAAAGGCACGUAUUAGGUCAGAGUAUGUGUAUUCAGUUCUAAAUCCUGUACAGAGCGUCUCACAGUGGAAGUCACUAAUGGAUGGGGAGUCUAAUUGUAAUCUACUUUUAGAAGAGUUGGAGGACUCUUCUGAGCAACCUGGAAGCACGAGAAAAAAAUCUGAAAUGCACAUUGAAGAAACUUCAGCAAGAAAAGAAUCAAAAGUGGAAACAAGCUUAUCUUCCUGGUUGAAACCACCUCAGAACAAAUGGGAUGACAAUGAUCACAAAUUUAGGGCUGUAGCUACCAGAAAAUCCCAAUUUCAUGGUACUCCUAGUGAUAGGCCAAUCAUUGGUCUUGUCGCAGCACAUUGGAAUGAAAAUGAAACUCAAACCUUGCCAAAGUGGUGGGAUGGUAAUGGGAUCCCUAAUUCAACUAACAAGUAUAAGGAGGAUCAAAAGGUGAGUUGGCACGCGACGCCAUUUGAGGAAAGGUUGGAGAAGGCAUUGUCUGAAGAAAGUUCUCUCUCUCAAAGGAAGCAACCUCAAGGAAUGCCAUUAACUUUUGAAAGGGAUGAGGAAAGUGACACUGCUCUAUCUCAUUUUCGAAAUUCAGUCCACUCCGAGUCUGUUGUGUCAUUCUAGCUUAUCAUUUUGCUAUGCAUCUAUGCUUACUUGUGCGUGUAAUUAUUGUGGUGAACAUAUCAAGAAGAGUAAAGGUAUGAAAUUUACAUCAAAGCUUGACAGGGCAACCGUCUUUGUGAUUUCUGAAGGCAUCUUUGCUUUCAGCCAUUUGGCUGCUAGAUGGAUAGCUGCUUGCAUUGUACCCAGGUGAUGGAAAUUGUCUGGUCGUAGGAAAUCCUGAAUCUUUGCAUGGGUCUAUUUCUGCUUGAUCAGCCAUGCAAAGGGUUGCUUAUUCAUCGGCCUGUAACAUUGCUGAAGGACUGUGAUACAUGGAUAUGUUACAUGUUUAAUGGAUAUUCCUCAGGAUGAUGGUGAAUAUACCGUUUUGUUUGCUCA